AUGUUGACGGCAACAGAUCAACUUGGACACACGAUACUUACGGCGGCAGUGUCGAGCAAGAGCGUGGGCACUUUCGAGGCUGUCUUCAAUGCAGCCAAGAGGUACCUCCACCGUGGGCAGUUUGCUAAAAUGCUAUCGGCGAAAGACCAACUCGGACACACGAUACUUACGGCGGCAGUUUCGAGCCACAGCGAAGACACUUGCCACGCUGUCUUCAAUGUAGCCAAGGAGUACCUCAACCAAGAGCAGCUAUGGCUGUUGAUCGAGUCUCAGGGUACAGACGGGGCAACGUUGUUAUCGGCAGCAGUCCGCAGCGAGAGCGUUAACAUGUUUGAAGCCACGCUGGACUAUGCUUUGGAGUAUCUCGGUCACCACGAGGUGGCUGACGAGCCGUGCUCCCGGUUGGACGCUCUGUUUGAGGCCUGUGUAGAGGACCUCCUCAAUGCUCAUCCCGAGGAUGUUGAUAUAGGUUUCAACACCCUAUCAUUUCUGAUGGCGAGUUCUGCGAGACCAUCCGCAAGCGAUUUGAAAAAACUCUCCAAACACCACAAGUCUAGGGACGGAUUCAAGAACUGCUGCUUGCGGGCAGUGACAACUGCGGCCAACCCCUUCAUGCCGGGCUUAUUGCUUUCUAUUAGGCUUGCCGAAGCUGCGAAAGAGGCGAACGAGGGAGAACAAAGACACAUCGACGAGAUCCGGGCUAGCGUUGAGGCGUUAUUGCUCGAAAUAUUCGAGCGCCUCCCUCGAACGGUCCGCGCGUUCGACGAAGAGACGAAGGGUGGCUGCACCGGCAUGUUCGAGCCGCAAAUUUUGGGAGGCCACCAUCCCCUAGGCUUCGAACGCCCUGUCAACAUGAUUCUCUCGAAACAAGAGCAGAUGAACACAUUUUGCAACGUACCUCUGGUGAUGGAUUUCUUAUCGCGAAGGUUCGCGUGGGGUCUACCGGACCUGCAGGACACCGAAGGGGUGUUGAGGAACUCGGAGGAUUUGAAGUGUCUCGGUGCCGGCCUCGUUCUUGGUGAUGGUGGAGAAGAUGUCCCCAGCGGGUGCAAGAGCAUCUUGUCCCGCUUGUCUGUACUGCUACAGGCAGCACAGGACGAUCUCCCAAACCUAGCGUUUUUCCCGGGGGCACAGUUCGCUGUUGCUGGCGUGGCAGCGGAUCCCAGCACCUACUAUCGGGUUCCGGCCAUGAGAAUGUUGCUGGACUUCGUCGCAUAUGUCGAAAUAAUUGCAGCGUUGGGCUAUCUCGUCUUCUUCCACAGCCCAACCGGAGGUGUACUUGGAGAUGACGGUAUCUCGAAUGUGGAAUUUACCUGGGGAGAAGGUUCCUUCGCGGCCAUAUUCAUUUCGGCUGGAGUAUACCGUGAAGGGCUCGAAAUGUCGAUGGGCAUCGACAAGUACUUCAAAGACCAGUGGAAUGUCCUGGACGCGCUCGCUCUCCUGUGCCUGUCCGUUGGGUUGGUCAUCAGAGGCGUCGAUUGGACUAGUCCAUGGGGGCCUGCAUUCUACGCGCUGAGUGCUCCGCUAUUGGUUUGUAGUGUUCUCUUCUUCGCCCAGGUUCUUCCUUUUCAGGGCCCCAUGAUCAAGGUGAUAUCCCGCAUGACGACAACUCUGCUCAAGUUCGGGUUCGUGAUGGUGGUCGUCAUGACUGGGUUCGCGAUGGCCUUCCACGUCCUCUUUCGCGACUUCGAUAGCUUUGGUAUGACAUUCCUCGGCCUUUUUCGGGCAAUGCUUGGCGAGGUCGACUUCUUCGAGACGUUCGCCGGCGGACGGUAUGACAGUGUGGCAACCAUUCUGUUUGUGGUUUACCUAUUCGUCGUCACGGUCUAG